AGUUGAUCGCCGGAAUCCAAGAGCGAUGGAUCGUUGGCAGAACCGCGUGGCCGUGAUAAGCGGGGCCAGCUCGGGGAUCGGAGCCGCCUGUGCCCGGCUCCUGGUGGCCGCCGGACUGCAGGUAGUCGGCCUAGCCCGCCGCACCGAGCGCCUGGAGCAACUGCAGCAAUCCCUGCCCGAGGAUCAGCGGGGGCGGUUCCACCGGCACACCUGCGAUGUGUCGCAGGAGUCGCAGGUGGACCGCGCCUUCGAGUGGAUCGAACGGGAGCUGGGCGGCGUCGACGUGCUGAUCAACAACGCCGGCAUCGUGCUGGGCGGCCAGCUGAUCGACAUGCCCAACCAGGACAUCGGCCGGAUCCUGCAGACGAAUCUCAUGGGCAGCAUCUACUGCACCAAGCUGGCCGCCGGCAGCAUGCGGCGCCGCCAGGUGGCCGGGCACCUCUUCUUCGUGAACAGCACGGCCGGGGUGGCCGGCUACAAGCCGGACCCGGCGGAGCAGAGCCUCAACGCCUACACGCCCAGCAAGUUCGGCCUGACCGCCGUGCACGAGAUCUGCCGGCAGGAGCUGAUCCUCAAGGGCUCCAAGAUCAAGACCACGAGCAUCCACCCCGGCUGGGUGGCCACCGAGAUCGUGCCCGAGGAGACAAGGGCCGCGCUGGGCGAGGUCAUCCUCCAGGCGGACGACGUCGCCCAGGCGGUGCUGUACGCCCUGUCGACGCCGCCGCACACGCAGGUGGAGCAGAUAACGCUGCGGGCGGUGGGCGAGUACUUCUGACGCCCCUGAUACCACUGAUACCUGCGAUGGCCCGAUAACGCAGCCCCCGAGAUUAGGCAAUCGACUCGAAGGCGAACGACCUGCUAGCCGAUACUCCCCGCACCCCACCUGGCCGACCACACAUGGGUUUACCCAUAUGGCAACUGUUACGGCUAUUUGUUCGGCACUCUUCCGCCAGCCAAAUAAAUAAUUCAGCUUUGUAAAUUACCAA